GACCAGCGCGCAGCCGUGCGCGGCCGCCGGGCGCGCAGUGUUGACCCGCGUCCUAGCAACAGGCGGGCGCCGACUGCGGCGGGGCAGGGCGCUGCAGUGUGUGUGCUAAGCUCAGGUCUGAGCACUGGCGGAUCCCAUGGGUGUGGCUCUGACGAAAUUGGCGCAGUGGACUGCUGCCAGACAUGGAACUGGAACCCUCGAAAUCACCCCUCUAAAUGAAGCGAUAUUGAAAGAAAUUAUUAUGUUUGUGGAGAGUUUUAUCUAUAAACAUCCCCAAGAGGCAAAAUUUGUUUUUGUGGAACCACUUGAGUGGAACACAAGUUUGGCGCCCUCAGCAUUUGCAUCAGGUUAUGUUGUCAGUGAAACAACAGUCAAAUCAGAAGAAGUUGAUAAAAAUGGACAGCCUUUGCUAUUUCUCUCUGUACCACAAAUUAAAAUCAGGAGCUUUGGGCAGCUGUCACGCUUGCUACUUAUUGCCAAAACUGGGAAGUUGAAGGAAGCCCAAGCAUGUGUUGAAGCUAACAGAGACCUCAUAGUAAAAAUCUUGGGCUCCGAUUAUAAUACAAUGAAAGUAGACUCAAUUGCAUUAAAUAUUCUUGGCAAAAUUACCAGAGAUGAUGAUCCUGAAAGUGAAAUUAAGAUGAAGAUCGCUAUGCUGCUUAAGCAAUUGGAUCUGUACCUCCUCAAUCAUUCUCUAAAACAUAUUUCAUUAGAAAUAAGUUUAAGUCCCAUGACGGUGAAGAAGGAUAUAGAACUGCUCAAACGUUUCUCAGGAAAAGGAGACCAAACAGUCUUGGAAUCUAUUGAAUAUACCUCAGAUUAUGAAUUUUCAAAUGGAUGUCGAGCCCCACCGUGGAGACAAAUUCAUGGGGAAAUUUGUUAUGUGCUGGUGAAACCUCACGAUGGUGAGACUCUGUGCAUUACUUGCAGUGCAGGAGGAGUAUUUUUAAAUGGUGGCAAAACAGAUGAUGAAGGGGACGUUAAUUAUGAGAGAAAAGGUUCAAUUUAUAAAAACCUUGUCGCAUUUUUAAGAGAAGAGUCACCAAAAUUUUCAGAAAAUAUGUCUAAACAGGGAAUUAGCUUCAGUGAAGACCAGCAAAAGGAAAAGGAUCAGCUUAGCAAAGCCCCCAAGAAGGAAGAAGCAGCUACCCUCCGCAAAGACAUUUCUGGUUCAGACAAGAGGUCACUGGAGAAGAACCAAAUUAAUUUCGGGAGGAAUCAAAUGACCAAGAGAUGGGAACCAAGCUUAAACUGGAAGACCACUGUUAAUUACAAAGACAAAGGCUCAGCAAAAGAAAUCCAAGAGGACAAGCGCACAGGAAAACUUGAAAAACCAAGACCAUCUGUUUCCCACGGAAGAGCACAAUUACUUCGGAAGAGUGCUGAAAAGAUAGAGGAAAUUGUUAGUGAUAGCUCCUCGGAAAGUGAGGAAGAUGAAGAACCACCUGACCAUCGUCAGGAAGCAAGUGCAGAUUUGCCAUCAGAAUAUUGGCAAAUUCAGAAGCUGGUGAAAUAUUUAAAGGGAGGAAAUCAGACAGCUACAGUGAUUGCGUUGUGUUCAAUGAGGGAUUUCAACUUAGCUCAAGAAACCUGCCAGUUGGCCAUUAGAGAUGUUGGAGGCCUGGAAGUGCUGAUAAAUUUGCUUGAAACCGAUGAAGUCAAAUGUAAGAUUGGUUCAUUAAAAAUACUGAAGGAAAUCAGUCAUAAUCCUCAAAUCAGACGGAAUAUUGUUGACCUUGGGGGCUUACCAAUUAUGGUGAAUAUACUUGAUUCUCCACACAAGAGUCUGAAAUGUUUGGCAGCCGAGACUAUCGCGAAUGUCGCCAAGUUUAAAAGAGCACGGCGGGUGGUGAGGCAGCACGGGGGUAUCAACAAACUGGUUGCUCUACUAGACUGUGCACAUGAUUCCACAAAACCUGCCCAAUCGAGUCUGUAUGAGGCCAGAGACGUGGAAGUGGCUUGCUGUGGGGCACUGGCCCUGUGGAGCUGCAGUCAGAGUCAUACGAAUAAAGAAGCCAUCCGCAAAGCCGGGGGCAUUCCUCUGUUGGCUCGGCUGCUGAAGACUUCUCAUGAAAACAUGCUAAUUCCAGUGGUGGGGACAUUGCAAGAGUGUGCAUCAGAGGAAAACUACCGGGCUGCAAUCAAAGCAGAAAGGAUCAUUGAAAACCUUGUCAAGAACCUAAAUAGUGAGAACGAGCAGCUGCAGGAGCACUGCGCCAUGGCCAUUUACCAGUGUGCUGAAGAUAAGGAAACCCGGGACCUCGUUAGGCUGCACGGAGGACUUAAGCCCUUGGCCAGUCUACUCAAUAACACUGACAAUAAAGAGCGUUUAGCCGCUGUCACGGGGGCAAUAUGGAAGUGUUCCAUCAGCAAAGAGAAUGUGACCAAGUUUCGGGAAUACAAAGCCAUUGAAACCUUGGUGGGACUUUUAACAGAUCAGCCUGAAGAAGUACUUGUGAAUGUGGUUGGAGCCUUGGGAGAAUGCUGCCAAGAACAUGAAAACCGAGUCAUUGUCCGGAAAUGUGGUGGCAUUCAACCACUUGUGAACCUCCUUGUUGGAAUAAACCAAGCUCUUCUUGUGAAUGUUACAAAAGCAGUUGGUGCUUGUGCAGUAGAACCUGAAAGUAUGACGAUAAUUGAUCGCUUAGAUGGAGUUCGUUUGUUGUGGUCCCUGCUGAAAAAUCCUCACCCAGACGUGAAGGCCAGCGCAGCGUGGGCACUCUGUCCAUGCAUUGAAAAUGCAAAGGAUGCUGGGGAAAUGGUUCGUUCCUUUGUUGGUGGUUUGGAACUUAUUGUCAAUUUACUGAAAUCAGAUAACAAAGAAGUUCUGGCAAGUGUAUGUGCCGCCAUUACCAACAUAGCAAAAGAUCAAGAAAAUUUAGCUGUUAUUACAGAUCACGGAGUUGUUCCUUUGUUGUCCAAGCUGGCAAAUACAAAUAACAAUAAAUUGAGACAUCAUCUAGCAGAAGCUAUUUCACAUUGCUGUAUGUGGGGCAGGAAUAGAGUGGCCUUCGGUGAGCACAGAGCAGUGGCUCCACUAGUGCGUUAUCUGAAAUCAAAUGACACCAACGUGCAUCGGGCGACAGCUCAGGCCUUGUACCAACUCUCAGAAGAUGCCGAUAACUGCAUCACCAUGCAUGAGAAUGGUGCAGUAAAGCUUCUACUGGAUAUGGUUGGGUCCCCUGACCAGGAUCUCCAGGAAGCUGCAGCUGGUUGUAUAUCCAAUAUCCGCAGGCUGGCUCUUGCUACAGAGAAGGCAAGAUACACUUGAAAUUUAAAUGGACAUUACAAGCUAUCACAUUCUACAUGACACAGGACAUGUCACUCCCAUGGCCAGGAAGCCUAAAUUGGGAAACAUUUAUUAGCAAACCCUUUCAACCUUCUAAAUGAAAACACACAAAUUGAAAAUGCACAGAAUGUUUUUCAUCUGAAAAUUGCAUGGAGACUUUUGUUUCUAUUUAAUGUUUUAGAGAUAUGACAUGUAAUAAGAUGGAAACCCAAUAAACCUGUGAUAAGUUUCUAAGAA